UCUAUCUCCUCGUUCCAAGGUACAGCGGUGGACCCAAAGGCUGGUGAGAGCUCCUCGCGAGAACUCGUCCGUCCGAACUUGCGCGCCAUUCAGAUCGUUCGAAAGCUCUCCCCGCUUGUCUGAUUCCCCAACUGCCAAAUUUAGUCUUUGUGGUCCGGCUCUUGAUCGGCAGCGGGCAUUUCCCUGUCAAGCAUGUCGUCUCCGCUAUUGUCUACUUUCUUUCGUAUCUUUUCAGACUUUGUUUCGUUCGGCUCCCGGGGAUCACGGAGCCGGGUCGUAGUGAAAGCUCUCUUCUCCACUUCCAUGCAACGUCAACCACCCAGACUAGUAUCUUGUGAUCGCGCAGAACCGGCCUAUUUGGGGAUGCUUGGGCCGUUGAACGGUUCGACGAAGAGAGGGAGGGUCGGAGUGUGGGGAAUACCAGCACUAAGAGAAUCAGAGUUGGGGAGCCGGGAUCCGUCGUUUUCCCCAUCGGCAUAUUCGACAAGCGAUGCGGGGGCGGGACGCAAGACUCUCUCUCUCCAGACUUCUGGUUGUCUCGAGAAGAGGCGGGAGCCGAUCUCACGCCGUCCGGCACAACCUUGCUGUUCCUGGCGACAAUAUCGCCUGACUCCCUUGCGUCCACUCAGUGGUAAAACUUGGACCCUUGGCUUCGAUCCCCGACAGUAUGUCAGUCCCGGCUGUGCUCGUCUCCUCGGGCGAAAGCCGCCCCCGAGGUUCGUCGCUACCCUAGCAACUUGGUAUCAUGACCUGAGGGAGCACCCGAGAGAUGCCCCGCUGCGGGCUGGGGGAGGCGGUCCAAGACUAGUCAUGACAAUGGCGACCGUUGAUUCAAGGAACGUUGCACCCUCCCAAGGCUUAGCUACUGCCGCCAAUGCUCGUGAUGUCAGUGUCGUGUUCCUGGUCUGGCUGCAGGUCCCGCUCUCGGUCCGUGGGAUGAGGUAGCAACGGCGAGUGCUGGAUUGGAGCGGGAAUGCCUCCGAGCUGCAUGCUCUGUGAACUUUUGGGUCGUAUAAGAUC